CCGGGGAUAAAGAAUCGUGGCGCGGAAACCCGCGCAAGCUUGCGGGGAGGCGGCGGUGGAGAGUCUCCGGUUCGCGGUCUCCCAGGAGGCACUAUGAGCUGCAUCAACCUGCCCAACGUGCUUCCCGGCUCCCCCAGCAAGACCCGGGGGCAGAUCCAGGUGAUUCUCGGACCCAUGUUUUCAGGAAAAAGUACUGAGCUGAUGAGACGGGUCCGUCGCUUCCAGAUUGCCCAGUACAAGUGCCUGGUGAUCAAAUAUGCCAAAGACACGCGGUACAGCAACAACUUCUCCACGCACGACCGGAACACCAUGGAGGCGCUGCCAGCCUGCCUGCUCCGGGAUGUGGUCCCCGAGGCUCUGGGCGUGGCUGUCAUAGGCAUCGACGAGGGGCAGUUUUUCCCCGACAUCGUGGAGUUUAGCGAGACCAUGGCCAACGCCGGGAAGACUGUGAUUGUGGCUGCACUGGAUGGGACCUUCCAGAGGAAGGCUUUCGGGACCAUUCUGAACCUGGUGCCCCUGGCUGAGAGCGUGGUGAAGCUGACAGCCGUGUGCAUGGAGUGCUUCCGGGAAGCUGCCUACACCAAGAGGCUGGGCGUGGAGAAAGAGGUCGAGGUGAUCGGAGGAGCAGACAAGUACCACUCUGUGUGCCGCCUCUGCUACUUCAAGAAGGCAUCGUCGGGGCAGCCUGCCUGGCUGGACGGCACGGAGAACAAAGAGAACUGCCCGGUGCUGGGGAGACCCGGGGAGGCCCCGGGAGCCCGGAAGCUGUUUGCCCCUCAUCAGAUCCUGCAGUGCGGCCCGGCCAACUGAGGUGCUGGAUCCGCUACCUGGGACCAGCCACCUGCCCCGGGGCCUGCUGCCGCCCCCUGCCGUACACCUGCCCCCUGUGUGCUGUGCGGCCUCCGUGGAGGAAGCUGGGGUUGGGGGUUUCACUAGCACC